CUUUGGCUAUUUGGGUCUUUUGAGGUUCCAUACAAAUUUUAGUUAUAAGUUUAGUAUUAAAAGCCUGCAGUAGGUAUCCCGGUCUUCUUUGCUUAAGAGCACUGAGAAAGGCUGUGUAUAACAAAGACCUUAGGAGUUCAGCAGCAAAGGGGAGGUUUUGCAAGCUCAUUCUCGUGCAUUCUUAUCUGGUCCUGGAAACAAGCCAUAAAGAAGGUGGGCUUGGCUUUGUUCUAGGUCUUUCCUUUUUAAAAAUGGGUUUUAAAGAAGACAUUCAACGUCAGCUAGCUGGAACAAGGGUAAUCCUGCAGAGGUGACUGCUGGUCAGCAGUGGCUUUCAGGGGCACCCCUGCUCUCCUCCUUCCUCUGGUUCUCUUCUGACCACCUUGGUCCUGCUUCUGGUCCCAGGCACAUGGGUUACUCUGGCCACUUCACAUACCUGCUGAGUCUUACCAGAAUUUAUCUUCCCUAUGGAUGUUCCUUGGACUCCUGGUUCAUCUGGCGUAAAGCACAGGACAUUUGAGGUGAAUUAAUGCCUUCCUUCAGUGAGAUGACCUGUUUGUCCCCCUUUGAUAGCAAUGACUUCAACUAAAAAACCAGUUCUUUGGCAUGCAGGUUGUACUUACAGGACCAAGAUUAUAUUACUGUGCCUUUUUAAACACUUACAGGUUGUUUUAAUGUGUUUGUGUAUUUCCUGUGUUGGCACGUGUAAUUCCACAGAGGAUGAUUGAAGAGUCCUUGAAAAUUGAAAUGGAAAAAGAAAUCAAUAUUGAAGAAAUAAAAGGCCAGUCUGUUUGUGGUGAAAAUCCUUUGGAGAAAUACAUGAAGAUUAUUCAGCAGGAACAAGACCAGGAGACAGCAGAAAAGAGUUCAAAAAAAGUUGGCAGAGAAGCCUCAGAAGUGGACCUGCUGCCAUCUAGCGAUAAAGACGAAAGUUUCACAGGCUUUUCUCACGAAGGAACAGAUGACUUUUGGUAACCGUGUUUGCUGUCCAGCAUCUUACCCAUAUAAUAUAACUAAAGGCCUAUGGAUUCUUUGUAACAAGACAAAAUUCUCAAUAAAAAUUUUAUG